CGAACUGCAACUCCCACAAUGCAACUCUGGUAAACUGCGUAGUUGUUGGCAAAUCCUAAGAGUCGAAAGUAGCUUUAGCUGAGGGGACAUUGAAUGACUUUGUCCCCGUUUUCUUUGACUGAAAGAAAGGUUCUGUAGAGGACAGUUCGGUGCUGGUAUCGGUGCUAAUGGAGGCCCUUAUACCUGUCAUUAAUAAGUUACAAGAUGUGUUUAACACUGUCGGUGCGGAUAUUAUUCAGUUGCCCCAGAUAGUUGUUGUUGGAACCCAGAGCAGUGGGAAGAGUUCUGUUUUAGAGAGCCUGGUUGGCAGAGACAUCCUACCACGCGGUACCGGCAUUGUCACACGCCGGCCCCUCAUCCUGCAGCUUGUACACAUUGACGCAGAGGAUCGCAGAAAAACCAAUGAAGAGAAUGCAUCCAAGAAAAAUGGCCGCCUUCACAAAGGCAUCGAAGGAGAGGAAUGGGGUAAAUUCUUGCACACCAAAAACAAGAUCUACGCAGACUUUGAGGAGAUCAGGAAAGAAAUUGAAGUGGAGACAGAAAGAAUUACGGGUAAUAACAAGGGUAUUAGUGAUGAACCCAUUCACCUAAAAAUCUUCUCUCCAAAUGUUGUGAAUCUCACAUUAGUGGACCUUCCUGGCAUCACAAAAGUGCCAGUAGGAGACCAACCUAAUGAUAUAGAGCUCCAGAUCAGGGAGCUGAUUCUAAAAUACAUCUCCAACCCUAACUCUAUAAUCCUGGCUGUGACUGCUGCCAACACCGACAUGGCAACAUCUGAGGCUCUUAAGGUGGCCCGAGAGGUUGACCCAGAUGGCAGGAGGACGCUCGCUGUGGUGACCAAGCUGGAUCUCAUGGACGCAGGGACAGAUGCCAUGGACGUGUUGAUGGGCAGAGUCAUUCCUGUCAAACUGGGUAUUAUUGGAGUAGUUAACAGGAGUCAGUUGGAUAUUAAUCAGAAGAAAUUAGUGGCAGAUUCAAUUCGUGAUGAAUAUGCCUUCCUACAGAAGAAGUACCCGUCUCUUGCAAACAGAAAUGGAACCAAAUAUCUGGCUAGAACAUUAAACAGGUUGUUGAUGCAUCACAUCAGAGACUGUCUUCCCGAGCUGAAGACCAGGAUCAACGUGCUGGCGGCACAGUACCAGUCUUUACUGAACAGUUACGGCGAGCCCAUCGACGACAAAAGUGCCACGUUGCUGCAGCUCAUCACCAAGUUUGCUGCAGAGUACUGCAACACUAUAGAGGGCACAGCCAAGUACAUUGAGACAGCUGAAUUAUGUGGUGGUGCAAGAAUCUGUUAUAUUUUCCACGAGACGUUUGGUCGCACUUUAGAGUCUGUGGAUCCUCUGGGUGGCCUGACGACCAUCGACGUGCUGACAGCAAUCAGAAACGCAACGGGCCCGAGGCCGGCUUUGUUCGUGCCCGAGGUUUCGUUUGAACUGCUGGUGAAGCGGCAGGUCAAACGUCUGGAGGAGCCGAGUCUGCGUUGUGUCGAGUUGGUUCAUGAAGAGAUGCAGAGGAUCAUCCAGCACUGCAGCAAUUACAGCACACAGGAAUUAUUGAGAUUUCCGAAACUCCAUGAUGCCAUAGUGGAGGUGGUCACCUCCCUCCUUAGACGGAGACUUCCAGUCACAAAUGACAUGGUUCAUAACCUGGUAGCCAUUGAGCUGGCCUAUAUCAACACCAAACACCCCGACUUCACUGAUGCCAUUGGCCUUAUGAACAAUAAUUUGGAUGAGCAGAGACGCAACAGACUGAGAGACUUACCCCCCUCCGUUCCCAGGGAUAAGGCAGCAUCCAGUAGCCUUCAAAGCCCUCCUGUUGGUGAGCAGGUAGAUGGUGGGACAGGCAACUGGAGGGGCAUGCUCAAGAAAGGAGAGGAGGGUGUACUGGGUGACAGGACAACACCUCAGCCCCUGUCUGUAAGCCCCCAGAGGGGUCAUGCUGUCAACCUGCUAGAUGUGCCUGUCCCAGUAUCCAGGAAGUUGUCUGCUCGGGAGCAGAGAGAUUGUGAGGUCAUCGAGAGACUCAUCAAGUCAUACUUCCUUAUUGUUCGGAAAAAUAUCCAAGACAGUGUACCAAAGGCAGUGAUGCACUUCCUGGUGAACCACGUCAAGGACAGCCUGCAGAGCGAGCUGGUGGGUCAGUUAUACAAGACGGCUCUGCUGAAUGACCUGCUGACAGAGUCUGUGGACAUGGCUCAGAGACGCAACGAGGCCGCUGACAUGCUAAAGGCUUUGCAGAAAGCCAGCCAGGUGAUCGCAGAGAUCAGAGAAACCCACAUGUGGUGAGCAAUGGCACUAGUACUCUUCAUGGCUUCUGGGACCCUCCUCAUCCUCACAGACCAUCCACCUCCCACCGAGUCAUGCUGCAUCUCAGAGCUAUGAGGCCACUUUAAAAUGCACUGACAUGAAAACGUUUCUAACCAGUACAACAUUGUAAUGUAGAAAACAGCGAGGACUGUCUAUUAAUAGGGGAUGGUAUAAGUUCGCCCCUCUUUAUCAGCAUUGGACAUACUGCAGAUUAUAUUUUUGUUAAUGUAAUUAAAGGCAGAAAUAUAUGAAACUUCAUAUGUUAUGUCACCACUGUGUGGAGCCUUGCUGAGAAACCUCCGCUCUUAUUUUAGAUUGAAAUAAAAGUUAUAAAUGAUUAAACGGUAAUAAACAUGUCGAUAUUCUUUA